UUUGCCAACACUGCUGCCAGUGCAUCGUGGACGUCCGAACCUUAUUUGUUUAUUUAUUGUUUUUAUCGAGGGAAGGCAUGCCAAUUGUGGUGGUCACGGGUCUGCCGGCCAGCGGUAAGUCCACCCGGGCCCGCCAGCUGCGGGAUCACUUCGUGGAGCGCGGCAGGAAGGUGCAUCUGAUCAGCGAAAAUGAGGCAGUGCCAAAGGCUCUCUUUGGCAAGAAUUCGCAUGCCGGGGACUCACAAAAGGAGAAGGUGGUGCGCAGCGAUCUCAAGUCGGAGGCCUCGCGGCAUCUCAAUAAGGAGGACCUGGUCAUCCUGGACGCCGGCAACUACAUCAAGGGCUAUCGCUACGAACUGUACUGCAUGACCAAGGCGUCCAGGACCACCCAGUGCACCCUGUUCUGCUGCAUUCCCCAGGAGCAGGCGUGGACCUUCAAUAGCCAGCGGACGGAGGCGGAUGAGUUGCCCGGGGACAGCGAAACGGACCAGAAGGUGGACAACUCGGACGUGCCCUACACCCGCGAGACAUUCGAUGCCCUGUGCAUGCGCUACGAGGAGCCACAGAGCAACAACCGCUGGGACAGUCCCUUGUUGGUGGUCCUGCCCGAGGACACGCUUGAUGUGGAGGCCGUCUACAAGGCUCUGUACGAGACGCAGCCCCUGCCGCCCAACCAGAGCACCCAGAAUCCACCGUUGGGUGCGACCAACUACCUGUUCGAGCUGGACAACAUCAUGCAGUCGAUCAUCAAGGAGAUCCUCGGCGCUGUCAAGAUCAAGGCCUUCGGCCAGCUGCGCAUCCCGGGGAGCAGUUGUCCCGUGAAGGUGGCCACCUCGAUGAACGCCCUCCAGCUGAACCGCCUGCGCCAGAAGUUCAUCACGAGCACGUGUCGUGCCAGCCAGACGGCGCCCACUCCGCUGGAGCAGGUGCCGCAGCUGUUUGUUCAGUUCAUUAAUGCCAACACGAUCGGCUGCUAGCGCCGUGGUUGUGAUUGUGGCAUGACAAAUGCAAGGGAGUCCUCAGGGUGUUUUGGAAAAUAUAAAAAAA